GCAGUUGGCGGUAGCCGGGCGAAGGCCUCGCGUCUUUCUGCAAGCUUCCCUCGGAAACCUUGACCGCGAGCUUGCGAAACGGUAACCCACGUUUCACCCUUAUCCCUGCCACAUUUUGUGUUCCUCUUCAGUGGCGGAAUAAAAGAAAAAAAUCACCGAGUCUGUAUCUGAUUUUAUUUUACUGUGCAACCGCAAUCAAUCUGAGACGUUUUUUCCGAAGGACCAAUCAUCGGACCUUGUGCUUUUUCAUGUCGAGUUUCAAAUUUUGAUCGAAAAAAUAUAUUUGCCUUUUUUUUUUUUUUUUUGAAAUUCGUAUCUCGCAUUGAUCUUCGCUCCCGGAGUUGACAUCGCUUACCCAAGGUGCAGUUUGAUAUCCUUCGAAAUACGGAGGACAAGGCUGUUGAAUACAACAGCGAUGUGAUUUUUCUCAAGAUUUUUUGAAUCUCCACGUCUCCAUCUGUGUGAAUAUUUUGUGCGUUGUAUGAGAAGAUGUGAACGCCGACGAUGAAGGGUUGGCACAACAGCGCUUGGGCAGUGACAAUAGUUUUUGCGGUCGGAAGCUGGAUCGGGCGCGUUGGUCCACGACCUGCCGGUGGUCAGUCGUCGCUCUCAUCUUCGAGGGAGAGAUUAGAGACGGUACGACAAGUGCUGGCGGAAGUUCCUCUCAUAGACGGUCACAACGAUCUGCCAUGGAAUAUACGAAACUUCGUUCACAACCAGCUGGCGGAGUUUGAAUUCGACACGGACCUUCGCCAGGUGGUACCUUGGAGUAAGAGCGCCUGGAGUCAGACGGACUUACUCAGACUGCGGCAGGGCAUGGUCGGUGGACAGUUUUGGGCCGCCUACGUACCGUGUGAAUCUCAGCAUCUAAAUGCCGUUCAGCUGACCCUGGAACAAGUCGAUCUCAUAAAGAGAUUGAUCGAAAAAUACUCGCAACACAUGCAGUUCGCCGCGUCCUCCAGAGAAAUCCUCGAGGCACACGGAAACGGAAGGAUAGCAUCCUUGAUAGGAGUAGAAGGUGGACACAGCCUCGGUAGCAGCCUCGCGGUGCUGAGGACUCUUUAUCAGUUGGGUGUACGAUAUCUGACGCUAACGCACACCUGCAACACACCGUGGGCAAAAAGUUCAUCCGUUGAACAAGGAGACGGAGAGUCAGGUGGGGGACUGACGCAUUUUGGUAGAUCAGUAGUUAGGGAAAUGAAUAGAUUAGGAAUGCUCAUCGACCUGAGCCAUACAGCGAGAGCGACGAUGAGAGACGCGCUCGGGGUCAGCAAGGCACCACUUAUAUUUUCACACUCUUCGGCCUUCGCCAUUUGUAAUUCAACUAGAAACGUGCCCGAUGAUAUUUUAAAACAACUGGCUGCGAACGGAGGUCUGGUGAUGGUAACAUUUUACAAUUAUUUUGUCAAGUGUGGACCACAGGCGACUGUAUCCGACGUUGCCGAGCACAUUUAUUACGUGAGGAACCUCAUCGGGGUCGAUCACAUAGGCGUUGGUGGUGAUUUUGAUGGAAUUAACAAAACGCCUAGGGGGCUGGAAGAUGUUUCCAGAUAUCCAGAACUGUUUGCCGAACUUCUCCGGAGCGGUAAAUGGAACGUCCUUGAUUUGAAGAAAGUCGCCGGGCUGAACUUGCUCCGAGUGCUUAGAAAGGUGGAGAGCGUCCGAGAUGACAUGAGGACGGCGGGUGUGAUGCCGGCGGAGGAGUUUCUGGAUUCACCGGACACAACGGGUAGUUGUGCCCUGGAUAUAAAUGCGGUUCAAAGGGUGAUGGAAGUCUGACCGCCGCCUUUUGAGGCAUCCGGGAUUUGUUUUGUCAGCAAACCUUCAGCGCUCGUGGUGCUCGUUCUAUGCUCAAUUCUGAACACUUUGUAACCUACGACUUAUAUUUCCAGCUCAACUACCGGGGCGCGAGCGAUUCGGCGUCGUCUAAAACUUUUGAGAAAUCAUCUCGAAACGAAUGGUUUUUGUUGAAAAUACAGUCACCGCGUAAGCUGGCUGGUGGAAAUUGUGAACAUUGUGGUAAAGUACAUUGAAUGAAAUACCCGUAUACCGUAGAAAAAUCGAUCUCGUUUUCACGGAACUUUGUCGACUGUUAUGUGUACCUACAUCGUGGAGUGAUGCUUCGAGCGAAUCAUUUGCUCAUGUAGUUUGGCAAAUCAAUAUCAACAGAUCCAAUUCACACACGUUAUCCCCUGUUAUCCCAUUUACUGACAUCUUCGGAAUACACUGGAUUGAUUGAACAACGUUCAUCGUCAGCUAUUGGCAAAAAAAAAAGAGAAAAGAAAAACAAAAAAACACGCGAGUAAUAUCAUCGACUGUAAUUCACGAUCGAUCAAACGUAAAUUCAACAUCACUUCCGUACACCUCGGAUCGGUGCUCUGUGUGAACUCCGAUAUCGAAAAUUUUGCGACUGACGAAAAUUGAAAAUACUUUUCACGUAUGACCCUGUGGCAGGUGUUUAAUUUUGUAAAACACUCUCGGGUUUAGUCGAGGGUGGAUUCUGCAGGAUCUGAUUAUGAUCCUCCGGCACAAGCGAAUGGAAUUUGGUAUGGAUAUGCGACGAUUUUUCCGCAGAGUCUACGCAGUGAAAUUUUUGACAGUUCAUUGUUUGCAAAUAUUCAAUUCCUUCGACCGUUUGUUCAGCUUUAGCCGUGAUUACGUACGUGAUAGUUAUUUUCGACCGUCCACAACUGUAUUUCGAAACGAAUUUAUUCGCAUAGCUCUGUAACCCGUCAUGUUCGCAUAAUCCAGGUGUCCGGCUACAUGACACUUAUUUUCUGGCUAAAAGGCAAUCAAUUUUCAGCAUCGAUUAUAACUCAGUGAUCUUUUUCUCACUGAAUGAAAAAUCAAAAUCUCUAUUUAUGCACAGCACUGAAACAUAUCCUGCUUGUCAUCACUCGGAUUCUAUAUACUAUACUUUCAACGCUCAUUAAACUAGUAGAAUGUUACCUCAGUGACAUGAGAGCGGGGUGAUGAACAACACAAAAUGUUGCUUUUAAUGUGAGUUUUACUUUCCUACCAAUUAAUUGCUUGUACGUUGAAUUCGCGAAACUAAAUUCGCUACCCUGGAGAUGAAUGAAUUAUUAAUGUGAUAACGUAAGUAAGAUAUGAAGUAGGCUAACUACAGAUCUACUACCAGUAUAAAUCAUUUGUCGGUCAAUGCGUCGAUCGUGUGACUUGCACGUCUCGAUUAUUUCUAAGAUUUUCAAAAAGAGAAAGAAAAAUAAUGAAAACAAGACUAUCAUCACAAUUGAAUGUAUAAAAAAAAAAAGACGAAACGAUGGUAAUUUUAACGUUCUAGUUAAAUUACUCUAUUAGGUAACUAUUAACUUCCCAGCACCAAAAAAUUACGACACCUCUAUCAGGUCCUCAGAGUUGAAUGUGGAGUAUCACAAUUUAUCUUUCAAUCACCAAUAUUUUACACUUUCAUCUUCGACAUAACCGCACAGAUCUGGUUGAAGGGGUGGAUUUAUUCAUAAUUGAAGAUCAGAGAAGAGAAAAAAAAAAUACCUUUCAAAACUGAUGCAUUCUAUUCAAUUACUGAGGAUCUAAUGCCCCUCUGCGUCUAGUGUGCACUUACGGAAAUAGUGCGUAGUGGGAUAAAUCUUGCCUCUGACAUCGCGAUAGGAGAGAAUUAGCGAGAAACUACGCGGUGUAAAAUCUGAGGCCAAAAUUGUUGCCUACGAACUAUGAAAGCCACCCUAUCUCCAUAGGGUGACUAAUAAAUAUAUAGAGACUAUCAAAUACCGUUAUACCUCACUGACGGAUUCUAUAAAUAAAUGUUUCUAUUGUAA